AUGGCGGCCCUGCGGCUCCUCGCUUCCACGCUCGGACGCUGCGGCCCGGUGGGGCGCCCCAGGCCCGCGCUGGCCAAGGGUCGUGUCCGUGGCUUCGCCACCAGCGUUCCUGCCCGCGUCAAAUUCUACACAAAGGCCAGCGAGGCUGUGAAAGACAUCUCUGACGGGGCGAAGAUCAUGGUCGGGGGCUUUGGGGUCUGCGGGAUUCCAGAGAACCUGUUAACGGCGCUGAACAAGAGUGGAGUGAAAAACUUGACCGUGGUCAGCACCAACGCGGGCAUGGACAACUACGGGCUGAGCCUCUUACUGGCCUCCAAGCAGAUCUCCCGCUUCAUCUGCUCCUACCUGGGUGAGAACCACCUCUUCGAGCGCAAGUACCUGUCGGGCGAGCUGGACCUGGAGCUCACGCCCCAGGGCACGCUGGCCGAGCGAAUCCGCGCCGGCGGUGCAGGGGUGCCCGCCUUCUACACCCGCACGGGGUACGGGACGCUGGUCCAGGAAGGGGGCGUGCCCAUCAGGUACUACAGGGACGGCCACCACGCCAUCCUCAGUAACCCGCGAGAGAUCCGGGAGUUCGACGGGCACCAUUAUCUGCUGGAGUACGCCAUCACGGCAGAUUUCGCUUUGGUGAAAGGCUGGAAGGCGGACCGUGCCGGAAACAUCAUUUUCAGGAGAAGUGCCCGGAAUUUCAACGUGCCCAUGUGCAAAGCUGCAGACAUCUCAGUGGUGGAAGUUGAGGAAAUUGUGGACGUGGGGUCGUUUGCCCCAGAAGACAUCCAUAUUCCUCACAUUUACGUAGAUCGCAUAAUAAAGGGGGAGAAAUAUGAGAAAAAAAUCGAGCAUCUGACAUUCCGGGAAGAGGAGGAGGAACACGUCUGUGUGUGCGAUGUAAGGACGCGGAUCAUCAAGCGCGCGGCUCUGGAGUUUGAGGACGGCAUGUAUGCCAAUCUGGGCAUUGGCAUCCCCCUGCAUGCCAGCAAUUACAUCGGCCCAAACAUGACGGUUCAUCUUCACAGUGAAAAUGGGAUCCUCGGCCUGGGUCCAUUUCCACGGAAAGAAGAUGUGGACGCGGAUCUCAUCAAUGCGGGCAAGCAGACCGUCAGCAUCAUACCCGGGGGCUGCUUCUUCUCCAGCGACGACUCCUUUGCCAUCAUCCGAGGUGGGCACCUCAACCUCACCAUGUUAGGCGCCAUGCAGGUUUCCAAAUACGGUGACCUGGCGAACUGGAUGAUCCCUGGAAAGAAAGUGAAAGGGAUGGGGGGUGCGAUGGACUUGGUGUCCAGCCCCAAGACCAGAGUGGUGGUCACCAUGGCGCACUGUACCAAGAAUAAUGAGCCCAAAAUCUUGGAACGAUGCACAAUGCCCCUGACUGGCAAGAAGUGCGUGGACCGGAUCAUCACCGAAAAGGCUGUGUUUGACGUGCACAAGAAGAAAGGGCUGACGCUGAUUGAGCUCUGGGCAGGCUUGACAGUGGAGGACAUCAUAAGGAGCACGGGGAGUGCCUUUGCCGUCUCGCCAAACCUCAGACCCAUGCAGCAGGUGGCGACCUAA